CUAAAGGGCAAGAACUACACCCACAAGUGGGUCAACCACGACAAGUUCUUCGUGGACCCCAAGACGGGGGCCCAUACGAACCGCAUUGAAGGGACGUGGGAAGUGCGCGUGAAGCGCUACAUCAAGGCUAUGCGCGGCGUCCCCAAGGAGCGCCUGGACCAGUACCUGGACAUGUACCUGUGGAAGUCCUGGUACUUCAACGGCACUGUCCCGAAGUGCCAGUGCCUUGACGGCCUCGUGCAGGGCAUCCGCAAACACUACCCAGUU